AUGGCACCAAAGGAGGUUGUGCGCGCCCGCCCGGCUGGGUACGUAACACUGCUGUUGAAGUUGGGCGACAAUUUAGAGUUUCGCUGGGCGCUUACCACGGAAAUGAGCGACUACGAUCCAUUCGUACCCUUCAGGCACAAAGAGAUUGUGGGUAACACACCCGGCUUGGGUAACGCCUACGAAAUGGCGAACAAUGCGCUUGAAGCAUCCCUGGGUCUCGACUACUGGCGAGAACAAGUAACGAAUACGACCAGCGAUGCUGAAUAUUCGGAAAGCGGAGCAACUGGUUCAGAUGGAGACACGUGCUCAGAACCAGAAAUGAGAAAGGCCCUCCGCUUAAGUCGAGAAAAAUUUUAUGAUAAGCAAUCCAAAGAAGAAACUGUGAGAAAUGCGAAGCUGCCGACGCCAUCUAUAUCACCACAUACUCCAGCAAGAGGUCUUGGUUAUCAGCGCACUUUCUUCGACAAGACUCUCAGUGGCUUAGAUCGUGGCCGUAGAGAACCCAUCAGUGAUGCUGUUGAAGGCGAAAUUCUUCAAAGCAAAGAUUUUGUCCAAGUUCUUGUUGGACCGAACUCCCAAGUCAGCACACUACAGAAAGAAAGCAUAUGGAAUCGCCCAUACUUUCGCGAUCCUAGGUUUGGCAUCAACCUAUUUGACCACAACGACGAUGGGAUAUGGAAUCUCCAACACCCUGCUCUUGUCGAGAUUGACCCAGAAGAUUUCGUUUUCGCUGCAGAAUACCUUGAAAGCGGUGGUUUUGGUUAUCGGUACCCGCAAGAUGGCGGCGAAAUGGAAGAAGCAUUUGCACAAUGCGUGUCGGCAUGGUUUACUGCGGAGAAGUUGGGCAUGUCAGACAUGAUGGAUCAUGUCGUCGAGAAGCUGGAAGGAUGCAUAGAACCAGAAAUGCAGGACGUCUUGGUUUUCGCAUAUCAAGUCUAUGUCUCGCAAAACACUGCACUUCCCUCGCAAGUGAGGCUAAAGGAUUAUCUGGCAAUGUGUAUCGCGGAGAAUUGGUGGAUCUAUUUGGACGACGAUAACUUGAGCUCGGACUUCAUCGAGAAGGUUAAGAGAUUACCAGAGCUGGAGCGAGACAUCUACCAGAGAAGGCUUCCAGCGCUGCUUGAGCGUCUCAGUGGAGACCAAGAAGACAGUGAAACCGAAACGGAUUAA